CUGUUUAGAACUGAGUAAACGAAUAUUCAUAGUAUAGCAGUUCACAGACAAUUAUUGGGCCAAAGGAAUACUUCUCUAUAACUAGCUUUGUAUGGCAGUUAAUUGUAACAGUUGAAAAGAAAGUACAUCUUUACAUGUAUCUUGGGGUAGGGGUGUGUACAUUUCUACACUGACAAGUGGGUACUGGAAGCAAUAACAUUAGGUCUGAGUACAAAAUGUAAAUCUCUGGCUACACCCCUGGUGCUGUUCCACUUGUGACUGUAGCCAUUGCCAACAAGCCAGCUGUAGAGGUUUGUGAUGAUAUUCUGCAGACAGAGCAUUUCCUGGAAUUUUGUUGGAUACAGAAGAAAGGCCCUGACUGGAAACCAUGGUGCUUUAUCCAGUUUUGUCCAAACUGGUUGGGAAACGAGUUGUCCUAGCAAGUGCUUCUCCAAGGAGACGAGAAAUCCUUUGUAAUGUGGGUCUGAGAUUUGAGAUUGUACCUUCCUGGUUCAAAGAGACUCUUGAUAAAUCUUCAUUUGCUGCACCGUAUCUAUAUGCUAUUGAAACUGCACAGCAGAAGGCUGUUGAAGUGGCAAAAAGAAUGCAUGUUAAGUAUUUGAAAACACCAGACCUCGUUAUUGGAGCAGACACAAUUGUGACAAUUGAAAAUGAUAUCCUUGAGAAACCAUCUGACAAGCAAGAUGCUUACAGAAUGUUGUCCAGACUGAGUGGCAAGGAACACAGCGUCUUUACAGGUGUUGCACUUGUUUACUGUGAUGUGAAAAUGGGUGCAGAAAAUGAACUAGAAUUUAGUGUCAUCACAUUUUAUGAAGAGACCAAAGUGAAAUUUGCAGACCUGUCAGAAGAGCUGUUGUGGGAGUAUAUUGACAGCGGUGAGCCAUUGGACAAAGCUGGUGGCUAUGGAAUCCAAGCUCUUGGAGGAAUGCUGGUAGAAUGGGUCCAUGGGGAUUUUCUGAAUGUUGUAGGAUUUCCUCUUAACCACUUUUGCAAAAAAUUAGGUGAACUGCAUAACCCACCAACAGAAAGACCCAUACAACGCAUAAAAUAUGAUUCUAUUCCAUAUGUAGAAACGUUUGAAGGUUUGAGUGACACAGAGCCUAGCUUACCAGAUUCAAAAAACAAUUUACCAGGUCACUUGAACACUAGGACAGCUGCUGUGGACAUGGUUUGCAUCUGGUCACAUGGCAAUAAGAACAUCCCCGAAAGUCAACAAAAUUCUGAGAAGGAAGCUGAGCUUAUCAAAAUCGCAGCAUUACCAUCAGUGGCUUCUGUGAAUGUGGAGUUUCCUCACAGAAUUGCUGAACUCCUGGAUGGAUUUAAAGCAUCAAAGGCUUUAUUUGCAGCAUCUAAACUUAAAGUCUUUGACAUUCUGGCAUGUCAGGGUGCCUUAACUGCUUCACAGAUGGCAGACAAAGUUGUUGCUUCAGUUAGUGGAAUGGAAAGACUCCUUGAUUCCUGUGUUGCACUUGGACUUUUGGAGAAAAAUGGUGUAGGAGAAUCAUUAUAUUACAAUUCUGCACUGGCAAACCUGUAUCUGGUGUCAGACAGCGAUUAUUCACUUCAUGGUUACAUCAUCCAUUCUAAUGAUGUCUUGUAUCCGCUAUUUACAUAUCUGGAGUCUGCUGUUAGAGAAGGCACUAAUCGGCAUCACUGCAUGUUUGGGAAGAAUACUGUGGACCUUUUUAAGAAUUCCUACAAUGACACAGAUGUGAAGUUGCGAUUUAUGACUGCCAUGCACAGUAUUGCCAGAUUCACUGCUAAAGAUGUAACCACAGCUUUUGACCUUUCCAAGUUUAAAACAGCAUGCGAUCUAGGAGGUUGCACUGGUGCUUUUGCACAUGAACUAGUCAAUCAGUAUCGAGAGAUGAGAGUUACUGUAUUUGACCUACCAGACGUUAUUGAGAAAGUGAAUCAUUUUAUACCUACUAAUCAGCAGGACAGUCAAGUAUUUUUCACUGCAGGUGAUUUUUUCAAAGAUGACCUUCCUGAAGCUGACUUGUACAUCCUUGCAAGAAUUCUUCAUGAUAUAUCAGAAGAGAAGGUACACAUGCUGCUGAAAAAAAUUUAUGAGAUCUGCAAACCAGGUGGUGGCUUACUCAUUUCAGAAAUAAUUCUUGACGAAGACAGAGUAGCUCCUUUAAGAGUGAUCUUACAGUCCCUUAGCAUGACUCCAGGCAAGCAGAGGAAUGGUGUGGAAUACAAGCAGCUAGUAGAAAAUCAUGGAUUUACCCAAGUGCAAGUUAAACACACUGGAAACUUUUUAGAUGCUAUUUUGUGCAUUAAACAGUAAAACAUUUCAUACUUUUUUUAAAAUCGAAACACAGUAAUCUGCAGAAAGUAACACUUAAUUCAUCAUACAUUGGUUAGCUGUUCAGUGGCUACAUUUUUUUACAUGACAUGGUAGAUUAAGUUAUGGAUCUUAAAACAGCAUUAAUGCACUAACAUUUACUGUUAAGUGUAGUGUGCCUGUCAUAUGUGCAAAUUUGAUUUGAAUAUGUUGGUUGCCUUCAGUUAAUCAUAUGUUGUUCAUGUGUCCCAUCUUGCAACUGUCAAUAAAUUUAUAAUCGAU